AUGAAGGCUCCGAAUUCCGGCAUCCAGGCGCCGCAGUCACUGGUGAAGUACGGCAACCAGGUGCUCGUGAGCUCUGGCAAGAAGAAGGAUAAGAAGGACACGAAGUCGGCCGCCUCGGGCAUCGAGGCCUACAAGGAGGACAUCCUUAAUUCCAUCCUCCCACCCCGGGAGUACACGCACGACAAACAGCAGCUGUUCAUCCAGUCGGUGAGCGCCACCCCGGCUACCCCGCAGGACGUGCUCGACCUGCAGGAGGAGCUAGACAAGAGGCUGCAGCACAAGCAGGCCCGCGAAACGGGCAUCUGCCCUUUCCGCGAGUAGCUCUACGCGCAGUGCUUCGACGAGCUGAUCCGGCAGAUCACGAUCAACUGCGCCGAGCGAGGGCUGCUGCUGGUGCGUGUGCGGGACGAGAUCAGGAUGACCAUCCAGGCCUACCAGACCCUCUACGAGUCCUCGAUCGCCUACGGCAUGCGCAAGAGCCUGCAGUCGGAGCAACGCAAGAAGGAGAUGGAGCUGAAGAUAAACACUCUCCGGAGCGAAUGCCUGGAGCUCGAGCGGCAGGUCGACUAGCUGGAGCACAAGAUCGAGGACAUCGAGAAGACCGACAAGGAGCAGCGGGACAUCGAGGAGGUCAACCACAAGAACAACGUCGAGGGCCAGAAAAAGACCAACAACAUCCUCAAGGAGGAACUCGAAAAGCUGCUCUCUGCGCCCCAGCUCCAAAAGAAAUGA